AUGGAAGAUGAUAUGAAAGGUGGUCUCUUUUUCUCCAUAGGAGACGAUUUGGCCAGUUCAACGCAACUCUACUACCGUGACAUCGACGACGAAGAAGGCAAAAACAGCACUCGCUUCUCUCUAGACACACUUACAAAGAUUGACCAUCCUCCCGUUAAUAUUAAUGAUCACUUGUCCUCACCAUCCAUGGUUGGUUCAUGCAACGGUUUGGUCUGUAUCUAUGACACCCGCAAUCGUAUCUGUGAUCCAAUAUACAUCUGCAAUCCCAUCUCUGGAGAAUAUGUCAAUCUUCCCCGACUAGGCGAAAAGCCAUAUCAAACCUUAGAUCAUACGGUAAGUGGGUUUGGUUACCACCAAUCCACCCAUGAGUACAAGGUUGUUAGAAUCUUCUACCACUACGAGGAACAAGGAGUACAAGUCGACGUCCAAGUAUACACUCUUGGUGACAACAGAGGAUGGAGAAACAAACAAGUAACCACACGGUACUCGUUGGGGUCUUCUCCUGGUAUAUUUGUCUAUGAAGCACUUCAUUGGAAAGACGCCUCAAAGAAACAAGUUGUGGCGUUUGAUUUGGGACUGAGGAAUUCAAAACUCUCCCAAGACCCCCUUGUGUGUCAACCAGUUGGGGUAUCCAGGUGCUAG